AUGCACCACCCGCGUCUCGCCGAUCAAUUCGAAGACUUCACUCGCCCUCACACCUCCCUCAUAACCGCCUCCAACGCAUCCCUCAACGGCCCAACGACAACAACAGGCACAACCACAACUACCGGGCCCAACGGGACAACCGUAACGGUGACCUACGGCGCAACCACAACGCCCUCAUCCACAAUCCCGUCAUACUUACCCAUCGAAGAGGUAUAUCUCCCGCCUCAUUACCAGCCCAUAAACCCCGAGGAUGAGGAUGACGUCGUCCCCGAUCAACAUGCGGCGUUUGGGAUUGCGAGGGCUAUGGAUGCCGCGGAGAGAAGGAGGGUGGAGCCCGUAUGGAGGGAUCUGGGGAUGAGGGAGUUGGAGGGGCAAUGGUACUGGGGCCUCGACGACUGGUGCGGGUGUGUCGUUGGGAUCGGGUGCGGCGGCCGGGUUGGUGAGGCAAUCGGGGAGUUUGAUGGGUGGGAGGAGAGUUACGUGCCUGCGCUGAUGCUGUAUCCAGCUCCUCGAAUCUAA